AUGGGGAGACAACCAUGCUGUGACAAAGUAGGGUUGAAGAAAGGACCAUGGACUGCAGAAGAAGACAGGAAGCUCAUAAACUUCAUCCUCACCAAUGGUCAAUGUUGUUGGAGAGCUGUUCCUAAGCUUGCUGGUCUUCUUAGGUGUGGCAAAAGUUGCAGGCUUCGUUGGACAAAUUAUCUCCGGCCAGACCUUAAGCGUGGUCUUCUCUCUGAUUUUGAGGAGAAGAUGGUCGUUGACCUCCACUCUCAGCUUGGCAACAGGUGGUCAAAGAUAGCUUCUCAUUUACCAGGAAGAACAGACAACGAAAUCAAGAACCAUUGGAACACUCACAUCAAGAAGAAGUUAAGGAAAAUGGGGAUCGAUCCUCUCACUCAUAAACCACUCUCCAUCAUUGAACAUGAAGAAAAAGAACCAAUAAAGAAGCUGCAGAUAAAUCAAAUGCCUUUGCAAGAUCCAAGCGAGCAGUCUUUAGAGGAACCAACAAGUAAUUGUCUUACCAAAGACAGCAACAUCAAGAACAAGGAGUGUUUGAAUGAUGAUCAUUUCAUGGCUGAGUAUGGCGAUGAAGAAGUCCCUCUAAUUGAUCCAGAAUUUUUAAAUCUUAUCUGCAACGAUUCUCCAAUACCUUCAUUGUCAUCAUCCACGUCCACUUCUUCGAAUUCUUCUAAUGAUUCGAGUUUCUUGAAGGAUUUGCAGUUUCCGGAUUUCGAUUGGUCCAACUAUGGAAAUAAUAAAAAUAAUAGUCAUGAUGGUGUGGACAACAUUAUAGAGAACAGUAUGAUGAGCAUAUGGGAUGUUGAUGACUUUAGAAGUUGGGAUUUGCAGCUAAAUGAUGUUAUUCCUCAAAGUUCUUCCAUUUUUGGGCUGUUUUAA